AAAAAUGUUUAAAAAGAUUUGAACCAGUUGUUAAAUUAGUGAGUCAAAAUGGAAACAAAAUUUAUUCAAGGCACUUAAAAUACAACCGAAGCCUCUGAGCUUACACUUAAAGCACUCCAGGUAGACACAAACUAGCGAAAAAAUGAUCGGGGAAAAUGAUAAGAUGUACUAAUGUCUAGGAUCGUCAGCUCUGUCGCAAAGAGGCUAUCCCAUGUUUUCCACCCUUGGAAAUCAGAGUUUGUUGUUAAAUGCACACAAAUAUUUCCGACACCGAUUUCUGAUGACACUCAUUAAAACUUUCUAUACAUCAUAGAAAAUGGCGCAAAAUUCUCUGAAAACAUGGUUGACACAAUUUGCUCUGCAGCUGCGACAGAACAUAAUCGUUUAUUGUGAAAAUACACCGCGAGGUUUCGAAAAGUACUUCAAGAACAGAAAUAGCAAGCAAGCUCAGCAAAAAUCAAAGUCCACGGAUAUCAAUAGGAACAAGGGCGAUCAGUCAGAACAAAGAAGAAGCACAUCUUCUUUCCGUACUAGACCGACGAGGCAAAGUAAAGCGUCCUCGCAACAAUGGAGUUUUGGGAUGUUUGGAGGAACGAGGCCAAGCCCCGAUUUUCGAAAAUCUGGCCCUCAGAAAAUCGUCCUCUACGGGAUCUGCGGCUUGGCCGGUUUCAUCGGAAGCAUUGCAUUUUUCGAAAUGGGCCAUCAUGAAAUAACAUGGAAAGAAUUUCACAACGACUAUCUUAUGCGGGGUUUGGUUGAUCGUGUGGAAGUAGUUAACAAGAGAUGGGUGAACGUCCGAUUGAAGCCCGGGGCGACGGUCGACAAAGCGCCAUCCUUGUGGUUUAAUAUCGGCAGUGUCGAAGCAUUCGAAAGGAAUCUGGAAAGAGCACAGAUCGACAUGAACGUCGAGCCAUCUAAUUAUAUCCCUGUCGUAUACAAAGGCGAACUACAGUUUUCCGAUCUGUUUGCAAUCGUGCCUUCCUUGCUGUUGCUCGGGUUAUUUGUCUACAUGAUGAAAAGGUCUGCUGAUAUGAUCGGAACCAGAGGGAGGAAAGGCGGCGGAAUAUUCGGCGUCAUGGAAUCGACGGCAAAACUGAUCAAUUCAUCAGACAUUGGUGUCAGAUUCAAAGAUGUAGCUGGAUGUGAAGAAGCCAAGAUCGAGAUAAUGGAAUUUGUCAACUUUUUAAAAAAUCCACUACAAUACAUGGAACUUGGAGCAAAAAUCCCAAAGGGCGCAAUGCUGACAGGUCCACCAGGGACUGGGAAAACUUUAUUAGCCAAAGCAACUGCUGGAGAAGCUAAUGUCCCAUUUAUAUCCGUUUCCGGAUCAGAAUUUUUGGAAAUGUUUGUCGGUGUCGGUCCUUCCAGAGUUCGUGAUAUGUUUGCCAUGGCUCGAAAACAUGCUCCGUGUAUAUUAUUUAUUGAUGAAAUUGAUGCUGUUGGUCGCAAAAGGGGAGGGAAAAGUUUUGGAGGACACUCCGAACAGGAAAAUACCCUGAAUCAACUACUGGUUGAAAUGGACGGUUUUAACACUAACAUGAACGUGGUAGUGCUUGCUGCAACCAACCGAGUGGAUAUUCUUGACAAAGCGCUUCUAAGGCCCGGAAGAUUUGACCGGCAAAUAUUCGUUCCGGCCCCGGACAUAAAGGGGAGAGCUUCAAUCUUUAAAGUUCACCUUUCCCCUUUGAAAUCGAACUUGAACAAACCGGAAAUAUCUCGUCGCCUGGCAGCGUUGACUCCCGGAUUUACAGGAGCGGAUAUAGCGAACGUCUGCAACGAAGCGGCUCUCAUCGCAGCCAGGGACCUGAGUAGUAGCGUUGUGAUGAAACAUUUUGAAAAAGCGAUCGAAAGAGUCGUCGCAGGAAUGGAAAAAAAGACAAAUGUACUGCAACCCGAAGAAAAACGGACUGUGGCAUAUCACGAAGCAGGGCAUGCGGUCGCCGGCUGGUUUCUUCAGCAUGCUGACCCUUUGCUCAAAGUGUCAAUAAUUCCGAGAGGAAAGGGGCUCGGAUAUGCGCAGUAUUUGCCCCGGGAGCAGUUUUUGUACUCGAAGGAACAACUCUUCGAUCGAAUGUGUAUGACCCUAGGAGGGAGAGUGUCAGAGGAGUUAUUCUUCAACAGGAUCACAACCGGAGCACAAGACGAUUUGAAGAAAGUUACACAAAGUGCAUACGCACAGGUUGUCCAUUACGGUAUGAACGAGAGGGUAGGUGCUUUGAGCUUCGACCUACAAAAGCAAGGAGACGUAAUGUUUGAGAAACCUUAUUCAGAAAAUACAGCUCAAAUAAUAGAUAAUGAAGUGCGAGCUUUAGUUGAUCACGCUUACCUAAGAACGAAAGAACUACUGCUCCAACAUAGGGAGGAUGUCAUCAAGGUCGCCGAGAGGUUGUUAAAACACGAAGUGCUGAGUCGUGACGACAUGCUCGAGCUUCUGGGUCCGCGGCCGUUCCGGGAGAAGUCCACGUACGAAGAUUUCGUGCAAGGCACCGGGUCCUUCGAAGAAAACACAACUUUACCGAUCGGUUUAAAGGAGUGGAAUAAGGAAAAAGCGGGACAGACUUCAUCGACUCCUAGGGAACCUCCACAGUCAUCGAAUCCAUCACCGCCUCCUUCGUCUCCCCCACCACCUCCGACGCAGCAACCGCCUUCCGAUCGUCGGACAUCACGAAGAACCCAUACAUCGCUCUGAAUUUGAGGCUUGUCUAUUAUUCUUAUAAACACGUCAUUUAAAAUUGUUCAAA